UAAUAAAAUUAUUAAUUAAAACAGUACAAAACUCAGUGAAACCUAAAAGAAACCUGAACCAGAAAUUUACCGUCAAAACGUGAAAAAAGAAAAACCAAUGAAAAUUUGUGAGAAAUUUAGGCGGAAACUGAUAUGGAAAUCGUUUGUCAAUAUCUAAAUAAAAUUUUUCGAGUGGGUACCCAAACAGCAAGAACAACAAAAAUCGUUAAACCACCAGCUCAAUAUAAAAACCAAGAGCAACAAAAAAAUCCCCAUCAUCAUCAUCCAAAAUACAAGAUGCCCAUUAAUAAAGUGGUAAUUUUACGUCACGGUGAGAGUGAAUUUAAUAAAUUGAAUUUAUUUUGCGGUUGGCAUGAUGCACCACUAACGGAAAAAGGUCUUGAAGAUGCUGCCAAAAUUGCCGUAGCUGGUCUACGUCUUGAUAACAUGCAAUUUGAUUAUAUCUAUACGUCUUUGCUGCAACGGGCCCAUCAGACCGUCAAAGUGAUUGUGAGUGAAAUGAAUUAUGACAAUGUGCCAAUUGUUUACGAUUGGCGUUUGAAUGAGCGUCAUUAUGGUAAUUUAACUGGUUUCAAUAAACGUCAAAUGGCCAAUAAAUAUGGUGAAGAAAAGGUACAAAUCUGGCGACGAUCAUUCGACGUCUUACCCCCACCGAUAACACCCGACAAUCCCUACUACGAUAAAAUACGCAACAAUCCAAAAUUCAAACAAAUACCAAGGGAACAAUUUCCCGAUACAGAAUCACUAAAGACACUAAUGUUGCGCACAGUACCACUGUGGGAAAACGAAAUAAUGCCAAAAGUAUUAAAAGGCCAAAAGGUGCUGAUAGUGGCGCAUGGAACGGUAGUAAGAGCCCUAAUGAAAUAUAUUGAAGAUAUAACCGAUGAGGACAUCAUGAAAUUGAAUAUACCCAAUAGCGUGCCCUGUGUCUAUCAGUACGAUAUGGAGCUGGGCAUGCGUGUGGAUAAUUUACAAUAUUUAGCCGAUGAUGAGUAUGUGAAAAAGGAAAGCGCCAAAGUGGCUUCUAUAGGAAAUUAAAAUUUUGUAAUUGAAGCUGCAGCAACAACAAUACCAACGGACUGAUAUUUUACAAAAAUUGUUUUUUCAUUGUUUAGAUUUGUAUUGCAGUUUAUAAAAUUAUAAGGAAUUUUAGAAAUUCUUUUAUAAAUUUUGUUUUUUUUUAGCAGUGCAAUACAAUAUUUAAAUGCACACAAUAUAAUUAUUAUUAUUAUUAGAUUCAUUUUUCUUUUGUAAAUUUUAUUAUGUAAUAAAAUUAAUUUAUUGUAUACACUAUAA